AUGGAGGGCCUCACCAAGAGCCAGACAGAGCUCAACCGCGACCGCGGAGAUCUCUUCGUGUCUACCUGGCCAUGGGUUCAGAAUCCCGCACUCGACUGGAAGAAAGUUCGGUUGUCCUGCCGCCAGGCGCUCGCCGAUUCUAUUGACUACAUUUGGAUCGAUACCUGUUGCAUCGACAAGGCUAGUAGUGCUGAGCUAUCCGAGGCAAUCAACUCCAUGUUUCGGUGGUACGAGAAGGCUGCAGUGUGUUAUGCAUAUAUGUCCGAUGUUCUGAAACCACCUGAUGGAGUCGAUGGGGCGAGUCGCCAGCCUUUCGAGCAGAGUCGAUGGUUCACACGUGGCUGGACUUUGCAAGAGCUCAUUGCCCCUUCCAAAGUCAUGUUCUACGAUUGCCAUUGGAACUGUCUGGGUGAGAAGAGCGCUCUUGCUGACAGCAUCUACAAGAUCACCAACAUCCCUCUUUCGAUCUUGAGGCAAAAUCAACCUCUCAACGACGCCAGCAUAGCAAUGAGGAUGUCUUGGGCGGCAAAGAGGCAAACCACUCGUAUCGAGGACGAAGCCUACUGCCUUCUUGGCAUAUUCGAUGUGAACAUGCCGAUGCUCUAUGGCGAAGGCUCGAAGGCAUUCUCUAGACUACAAUACGAGAUUCUUCAGAGUUCAGAUGACCAGACAAUAUUCGCCUGG